AUGUCCAGGCUAGAGAGGCUAGUCAUCCUCUUAGACACAGGCUCUACCCAAUUCAUACGGAACACCGCUGCUGACCAACUAAGUGAUUUGGCAAAGGCCCAUCCAGAAGAGAUACUCAACUUGUUAAGUCGUGUUUAUCCUUAUCUAAACUCCAAAAAAUGGGAAACUCGUACCACUGCUGCUAGAGCCCUUGGUGGGAUAGUCAACCAUGCUGAAUUAUGGGAUCCUAAUCAACAAGAUGAUGGUGAAGGUGUUAAAGUUGAAGAAUUAGAUGAUGCUCAAAUCAAAUUAGAAGAACAAGAACUAAAACUUAUAAAUAAUGAACAUUCUUUCUUAUCAUUUGAUCAAUGGAACCUACCUGAUUUAUUAAAGUCUGAUAAAAAAUUCCUUUCAAGUUCAACUAUUGAUGAUUAUUCCAAAAAUUCAAAAUCAAUUGAUGCACUAAAGAAACAAAAAGUUUCUGUAAACAAAAAAUUAGGCUUAAAGAUGGAUUUUGAAGAUGAAGUUGAAGCUGAAGCUACACCUGAAGUUAAACAAGAAGAUAAUAUAAAACAAGAGACAAUAAUACCCAAUGAUCCAUCCCCUCCUCCAUUAACUUCAAAUAUAUCAAGUGCAAGAUUAAAAGCAAUGGCUAAAAGAAAAGCUAAAAUGGAAUCAAAAGGCGGUGGCUCUUCAAAGCAUAAACCUGUUGAUUUAUCUCAAAGUUCAGUAUCUAGGAAAUUGGUUAAAGAAGAAUCAAGUACUCCUAUAAAACAAGAACAACAACAACAGCAACAAACACUUCAAAAAGUUGAUGUUACAUCUCAAGCUGGCGGUAAUAAACUAGUUGUGGAGAAUAAAGCCCCAGAAAUCCCACCAAUCCUUGCAGAACACGCAAAAGUUGCAGGCUUGGUUUGGCCUUUUCAAGGUGUUUAUGAAUUAUUAGUUGUUGAUCUAUUUUCAGAAACUUGGGAAAUUAGACACGGUGCAGUUUUAGGUCUAAGAGAAUUAAUUAAAAAACAUGGGAAAGGUGCUGGUCGUAUAAAGGGCAAAUCUUUACAAGAGAAUAAUUUGAAAAACCAUCAAACAUUAGAAGAUUUAGCUUGCAGAUUAUUGACAAUUUUCGCAUUGGAUAGAUUUGGUGAUUAUGUUUAUGAUACUGUUGUCGCACCUGUUAGAGAAUCUGCUGCACAAACUUUAGCUGCUUUGCUAAUCCAUCUUGAUGAAGAAUUAGUUUUGAGAAUCUUCCAUAAUUUGGACUUGCUAGUACUUCAAGAAACUACUGGUAAAGCUCCGUGUUGGGAAGCAAGUCAUGGUGGUAUGCUUGGUUUAAGAUAUUUUGUUAGUGUAAGGACUGAUAUCCUUUCCUCAAAGCCAGAAUUAUUAGAUGAUGUUGUCAAGAUGGUUUUACAUGGAUUGAAAGAAUCCGAUGAUGAUGUUCAAGCUGUUGCAGCGGCUACUUUAACUCCAAUCACUAGUGAAUUUGUGAAGUUGCGUAAAGAAACAAUCAAAACCAUCAUUUCCACAAUUUGGGAUUCUUUAACAAGAUUGAAAGAUGAUUUAUCUGCUUCAAUUGGUGCUGUUAUGGAUUUAUUGGCAAGAUUAUGUAUUCAUCCAGAAGUUAUGGAACUUAUUAGUACUGAAGCUUCAGAAAAUGAAGAAUAUUCUUUGAGAAAUUUGAUUCCAAGACUAUACCCAUUCUUGAGACAUUCAAUUACAAAUGUUCGUAAAUCUGUUUUGAAAACAUUAAUGGCAUUCUUAUCAAUUGAUGACAUCUCCACCAAGAAAUGGAUUGAUGGUAAAGCUUUUAGAUUGAUUUUCCAAAAUUUAUUAUUGGAACAAAAUAAAGAAGUUUUACAAUUAUCACAACAAGUUUUCACAAAAUUAUUGAAUGAAUCUUCAAAAUUGAAACAAGACGAAUUUUCUCUUGAUGAUGUUUUAUCAAUCCAUUUACAACCAAUAAUUAACCUUUCAAUGACUCCAAUUGGUAUAUCAAGAUACAAUUAUCAUAUGAAUGCAGACUUCUUAUUAAAACCAUCUGGUGCUGUUUUUGAAAAACAAGUUUCUGAUACACCAGCUGCUGAAUUAUCAAAUGACGAUAAUAGUUCCACUACUACUGAUGGCUCUAAAAGGGGUAAAAAGAGAAAAACUCCACCAGCAAAACAACAAGAAGAAUCAUCAAUUCCAGUUCCAGAUAAUGAUCGUGUGAAUAUCGAUGGUCCUAUUAUCAUUGGUGAUAUUACAUUAUUGGGUAUUGAAGUGUUUAUAAGGACAAGAAUCGCUGCAGCUACUGCAUUAGGUGAAAUUUUAUCAUUCUUACAAGAAGAUUCAUUAUCAAAUGUCUUGUUAUUAUUUAAGAAAUAUUUGAAUGUCCCACACUCCACUCCAAGAUUAUUGACAUCUAUUGUUAUCAAAGAAUAUUGUUCAUCAUUAGCCCAAAGAGAUUUAAAACCAUCACAAGUUGUUCGUGAUAUCUUUUUGAACGAAUUUGUUAAUGUCUUGACAGACUCAUUAUCAUUACCUUACUAUAGAGAAUUAGUUUCAACUUUGAAAGCUGUUAGAACUCAAUGUCAUUCAUUAUUUAGAGUCUUUGUGGAACAAGGUAAAUUAUCUCAAAGUAAAGUUCCUGAAUUACCAAUUGUCGUACAAGGUGAAAAUGAUGCAGGUCCUGGUGCUUUUAGCAUCGAAGUUGCAGAGUCAGUUGUUAAUGAAUCAUUUGAUAAAUUGCUGAAAUUAUUGAAUCCUGUUUAUAAGAUGUCUGCAAUCAAGAUUUUGGAAGAUACUAAAAGUCGUGUUGUUUUAGCUAUUGAAGAAGCUAAAAACGCUAGAUUUAAGAGAACUAUUGGGAUUUUAUCAAAUUAUGCAUCUGCUGCUAUUUCUCUUGGUGAAUUACCAAAGAAAUUGAAUCCUUUUAUUCGGGCUUUAAUGGAUAGUAUUAAAAGUGAGGAUUUAGAAGAUUUACAAAAAAGAUCAGCUUCAUCAGUUGCAGAACUGAUUGGUAAAUUGAUUGAAAAUGAUAAAUCUAAUGUUUCAAAUAAGAUUGUCAAAAAUCUUUGUGGAUUUUUAUGUGUUGAUACCUCAGAAGUUCCAGAAUUUGGUUCAAAUAGAAAUGUUAAAGAUUCUAUCUUGUCAUUGAAAAAGGAAGAAUUAGAUGCAGAAGCUAUAUUAAGACAUGAGAAAUUUUUAAUAGAGGCUAAAAUUAAGAGAAGAGGUGCUAAAUUUUCCUUAGAAAAUGUUUUGAUCAAUUUCCAAGAGAAUGUCUUUAUCAAGGUUCCACAAUUGAAGAAUUUAAUAUUUGAACCAUUAAAGAAUUUGGAAACAAGCUCAGAAAUCGAAGUUGAUGAUGUUACAGGCCAAUCGAUAGUUGAUGCAUUAGGUGUUUUGAAGGCUUUAAUUCCAACUUUUAAUUCUAAUGUUCAUGAAGAAAUUUUGACAGUGUUGCCAUCCGUAUUGAAUGCAUUAAGAUCAAAAUUAUCAGUUUUCAGAUAUUCUGCUGCAAAGACAGUAGCUAUAAUGGCUAAAGUUUUACCAUCUAAGACAAUUCCAUUCAUUGUUAAAUCAGUUUUACCAUUAUUAAACAAUGCCGGUGAAGUUAAUGAACGUCAAGGUGGUAUUGAAGCUGUCUAUCAUCUUUCAAACACUAUGGAUUCAGAUAUUUUACCAUAUGUCAUAUUUUUGAUUGUUCCAGUUUUAGGUCGUAUGAGUGAUGCUGAUAAAGAUGUUCGUGUAUUGGCCACAACAACAUUUGCUUCAAUUAUAAAAUUGGUUCCGUUAGAAGCUGGUAUUCCAGAUCCUGAAGAUGUUCCAAAAGAGUUAUUAGAAGGUCGUGAAAAGGAGCGUGAAUUUAUUCAACAAAUGAUGGAUCCAUCAAAAUCAAAACCAUUUGAUUUACCUGUUGCCAUUGAUGCUACGCUAAGAAAGUAUCAACAAGAAGGUGUUAAUUGGUUGGCAUUCUUGAACAAGUAUCAUUUACAUGGUAUUUUAUGUGAUGAUAUGGGAUUGGGUAAAACUUUACAAACUAUUUGUAUUGUUGCAAGUGACCAUCAUUUGAGAGCUGAAGAUUAUAAAAUCACCAAGUCUAUUGAAACUAAACCAUUACCAACGUUAAUUGUUUGUCCACCUUCUUUGACUGGUCAUUGGGAACAAGAAUUUAAUCAAUAUUCAUCUUUUUUGAAAGUUGUUGUUUAUGCUGGUGGUCCUUCAUAUAGAAGUGGAUUGCGUUCAAGCUUAGAUAGCUGUGAUAUUGUUGUCACAUCAUAUGAUGUUGUUAGAAAUGAUGUUGAAUUUUUAUCAAGCAAGAAUUAUAAUUAUUGUGUUUUGGAUGAAGGUCAUAUUAUCAAGAAUUCAUCUUCUAAAUUGACAAAAUCCGUUAAAAAAAUUAGAGCCAAUCAUAGAUUGAUUUUAUCAGGUACACCAAUUCAAAAUAAUGUUUUAGAAUUGUGGUCAUUAUUUGAUUUUUUGAUGCCUGGGUUCCUUGGUAGUGAAAAAUUAUUCCAAGAAAGAUUUGCUAAACCAAUUGCUGCUUCAAGAAACUCAAAGACUUCAUCAAAAGAACAAGAAGCUGGUGCUUUAGCGUUAGAAGCUUUACAUAAACAAGUUUUACCAUUUAUGUUGCGUCGUUUGAAAGAGGAAGUGUUGUCAGAUUUACCACCAAAGAUAAUCCAGGAUUAUUAUUGUCAAUUGAGUGAUUUACAAAAACAAUUAUACAAGGAUUUUGCAAAGAAGCAGAAGAAUAUCGUGGAACAUGAUGUCCAAACAACUGAAAUCGCUGAAAAGAAGACACAUAUUUUCCAAGCAUUACAGUAUAUGAGAAAAUUAUGUAACCAUCCAGCUUUAGUUUUAUCAGAAAGUCAUCCGCAAUAUUAUGAAGUUCAAAGGUAUUUGAAAGACACGCGUAUGUCAAUUCAUGAUAUUCAUCAUGCACCAAAAUUAUUGGCAUUGCGUACAUUGUUGUUAGAGUGUGGUAUUGGUGUUGCAGAUGUUGAUAAAUCUGGUGGUGUUGGUGAUAAUGUUAUUAGUCAACAUCGUGCAUUGAUUUUCUGUCAAUUGAAAGAUAUGUUGGAUAUGGUUGAAGAAGAUUUGUUGCGUAAACAUUUACCAUCAGUUACAUUUAUGAGAUUAGAUGGUAGUACUGAUCCCAGAGAACGUCAAAGUAUUGUUCGUAAAUUUAACGAAGAUCCUUCCAUUGAUGUUUUGUUGUUAACUACUAAAGUUGGUGGGUUAGGUUUGAACUUAACUGGUGCUGAUACUGUUAUCUUUGUUGAACAUGAUUGGAAUCCAAUGAAUGAUUUACAAGCUAUGGAUAGAGCACAUAGAUUAGGUCAAAAGAAGGUUGUUAAUGUUUAUAGAUUGAUUACCAAGGAUACAUUGGAAGAGAAAAUCAUGGGUUUACAAAAAUUCAAAAUGAAUAUUGCAUCUACAAUUGUCAGUCAACAGAAUGCUGGUUUAGCAUCUAUGGAUACUAAUCAAUUAUUGGAUUUAUUUGAUGUUGAACAACAAGGUCAACAAGAAGAACACGUUGAAGAAGUUGAAGAGAAGAAGAAUGGUGGUAAUCAAGAUUUGAUCAAUGAAUCCGGUUUAACAGGUCAAGCUGGUGCUGUUAUUGGAGAAUUGGGUGAAUUGUGGGAUCAAUCACAAUAUGAAGAAGAAUAUAAUCUUGACAGUUUUAUCAAGAGUUUGAAAUGA